AUCCCAGAUGAGGCAACAGAGCUGUGAUUGGAUGUCACCAUGGGCCCACAGUCGUCCCCUAGGGAAGCCAUAAAAGCCAUGGGCACCUGCCCACCUCGGGGCACAGAGACACCGCUGCCUCAGCCACCCCCAGGAGUGAGCAGCACCAGCCGGUCUGGGCCCAAGACCACCUGGGAGGAGGUUGGAGAAUCCCGUCUUCCUAAGACACACGAGCCGGAGUUUCCGCUCAGUCUAGACCACAGCAUGCCCGGGGCCAAGCAAGAGAGCGUGUUACAGGCCACGACCAGCUGGUGAUGGACUGCGACCCUGGGACUGUGGAAUGCGCUGGAAUAUAGAUUGGCCGUGAUCAUUGACAUUUUGCAGGAGACACAGAUUUUUACCAACGGUUGUACCAGUGCUAAGCAGACAAGCCACGGGAGAUCCUGGCCUCCUGCUUCUCAGUCUGGUGCGUCCCCCUCUGAACCUUGACAUUCAAGACUGUAGCAGUGUCUUUUGGUGGUUGAAUUGGAAAAUACGCAUUUCUGGAGAAACUUUGUGGUUAUUAGACCAAGGCAACCACCAAGUAUACCUCUCCUACAUUUUCAUGUUCAGUUCAAGACCUUGAUCUCGAAUCCUCAUGAGCUUCAGCUAGUCUAUGACUGCAUUGCCAUAGACAUUCUUCUGAUGCCCACCAAACUCUGUGCUUGGAAGCUUCCAGAGGAGAAUGGACAAGUUUCCUUGGUUCCUUGUAGCUUCCCGGGGAAGGUGCUCCUGUGGCCAGAAGGGAGGAGGAAAGUGAAAAUCCCCAAAGGAGCAGGGAGAGAAAGAAGGGCAUUCUUGGGACUCCAGAGAUGGCACAGGGCUCCCUGUGGGUGGCACUCAGUGCAGGCUAUCGGAUGACAUGUCACACAUUAGGAUUGGCUUCCUAUGUGCGUGUGGCCAUUCUGUGUAAGCUGAGGGCACUUGUCACAGGGUAUACAGGUGUGUGUGCGUGUGUGUAUUUAGAGUCUGAAUUCCACAUGGAUCAGGGAAGGAGGGGUCCCUGAAAGCUUGCUAAGUGCCCACUCUGUGCCCAGCCCUGAGCUGGGACCAGCAGGGGCUGCACAGGAAAGAAGGUCACAGCCUGAGGAGACGUUUCUAAGACUGAGAGCCAUUCAGAGACUCUGAGGUCACUGUGCCAGCUUAGGGGUCUGGGCCUUGAGCUGCAGGCUCACGGAAGGGGAGCUCCCUGGGGUGGCCUCAUCAGGGAUGGAGAAGGAUGCUGGCCCUGAUUCCUCCCCACUGGGUGCUCGCCUGGACCUGCAAGGAGUUUCUGAGCCCAGCUGGCCUUGUGCUUUUGGGGGUGUGAUGGGAGGGGUGGCUCAGGUCUGGGGCACUGUGGGCGAGUAGGGGUCUCACCCCUGGAAGUAUCUGUGGCAUCUGUGGCACAGCUGGGAUGGGUAGAAGGGUGCAUGGUUCUGGUGGGGGGGAGCGGGUCUCAGCCGGUCCCCGUCCCCGGUGGCUGUGCUCCCUCUGUGCCCUUCAUUUUCUGACCAGCCCUAGGAGCAGAACCUAAAGAAACCGAACAAGGAAGCAGCAGGCGCAAAGAAAAGCAGAAGUGGAAACCUUGGAGACUUGACCCUCCUCCUUGAAGGGGCCUGAAGCCGCCUGGCACUGCCGAGGGUGACGUCUGUGCGGAGAAGAUGAGGUGGCCGGACCAGGCCGUGUGGCUGCCGUUGGCUCUGCUGCUUCUCUGGGUCCCAGGCUGUUCCUCUAUAAGUGGCCCCACCUCCAUGACGGGCACCUUGGGGAGUUCCCUGAUCGUGCAGUGUUCAUAUGAAGAGCAAUUAAGAACACAUUUCAAAUACUGGUGCAAAAAGCCAUGUUUUUGGAAAACUGUGGAGACCAAACGGUCAAGCAAAGAAGUGAGGAAUGGCCGCGUAUCCAUCAGGGACCAUCCUGCAAACCUCACCUUCAUAGUGACCUUGGAGAACCUCACAGAGGAUGAUGCAGGAACAUACCGAUGUGGGAUCGAUACGUCCUGGUUAGGAGGAUAUUUGCAAGACCCCGCCGUCCACAUUGUGGUGUCUGUGAUCCCAGCAACAACGUCUGCCCCACCCGCAAGCAUCACUGUAACCCAGAUCUCAACAAUCACAGCUGGAAUCAUGGCCAUGCCGUCCUCAUCCUCACCCACUGUCCCCAUCACCAUGGGAGCCACCCACAGUGCAAGCAGCCAAGAGGAGUUCCAGCAAAGCCAGGGCGUGGGGCUCCAAGUACUCCUUUCCUUGUUGGCGCUUCUGCUGCUUCUGCUGGGGGGAAGCUUGUUCCUGGCCUGGAGGAUAGUUCGUAAGCGGGUCAAAGCUGGUGAGAAUCCAAAGCCACUCCGGACCCAUAGUCAGAAUACUCUGCAAGGUGAGCUCUAUUAUGCGAAUCUGGAGCUGCAGGCAAGGACGCUUCAGGGAGAGCCCACACAGCCGAGACAGGAAGAGGUAGAAUACAGCACUGUGAAGAAGCCUUCUCUGGAAGAACUUCACUACUCUUUGGUGGCAUUUGACCCCGAGAGUCAGGAUUCUAAGGCCAACAAGAUUCCCUCCCGGAGGACCCUGGAACAGGAAACAGACUACAGCGUGAUUAAGAAGACCUAAGCCUGUGUCUCUGGCCCCACCUCUGGAGGUCUCUGUGGGCCACAGGCCCCCUGAACCCUCAUCCAUGUCCCCCUCAGCCUGCUCCUCUCAACGGUCACCAGCAAGGCAACUGGGCCCCCCUCAGACUGUUGCUUUUGUGCCAUCAGCCUGGCCGGCUUGAUUGGGGAGGAGCAGGACCUGUAGAGAACCCUCCACCCCCCUACCCAGCUCCUGGCACAUCCUUCCUCUUUGUUUCAUUCCAGCUGUGUGUGGAGCGCAGAGGCUCAGUCCUGUGUGGCUCCAGGAAAAGAUGUGACCCAUGUAGGAUGGUACCUCUGAAUACCUUUAUAAAUAACAGCUCUGUGGAAGUGUGUGGGAUUGCCAUGGCAUGGGGAGCACUGGCAGAGAGACUGGGAGAAGGCAAAGGCCCUGAUGAUCGAGUCUCCCUGGUUUCAGAGACAAGGACCCUGAGGCCCAGAGAGAGCAGAAGCUUGCCCAUGGCUCCAGAGCCAGUGGCACAUUUCUCUGGACUCUUGGAUGACUUUAUUUUUAAUAUUAAGACAUAUCAAUAAAGUGCAAAAUCUCUUGAGAGAGAAGAAAAAAGUUAUUUAAGCAAUGCGUGCUAUGUGUCUGCAAUCCUCUAUUAAAGAAAGCUCCUUCCUUUUGAAGGCUGAAUAGUAUUCCACUGUGAGUGUAUAUUGCACUCUGCUUAUUUUUUUAUCCGCUGAUGGACACUUGGUUUGUUUCUGUGUUUUAGCUAUUGUGAGUAUGUUGCUAGGAAUGUAGUGUAUAAAUAUCUCUUUGAAACUUGU